UCAGUCCGACAUGGACUGGCCUUCAUCUUGCAUAUCUGUAACUUCUCAAUAUACACCCAACAAAUGAAUCUGAGCAUUGCCAUCACUGCCAUGGUGAACCACACAGCCCUGCAGGGCCAGCCCAAUGUCACCAUCAACUCCCAGGACGACUGGAACGCAACGCGGGAGGAAUCCCAGGCCAUAGCCCCAGAAUACGACUGGAACCCUGAAACCCAGGGCGUCAUCCUCAGCUCCCUCAACUACGGCUCAUUCGUGGCUCCACUUCCCAGUGGCUACGUGGCUGGAGUGUUUGGAGCCAAGUAUGUGGUUGGUGCUGGCUUGCUUAUUUCUUCAGUCCUGACCCUCCUCAUCCCAUUGUCAGCUGAUGCUGGAGUGGCUGCACUCAUUGUCGUCCGCGUCAUUCAAGGCAUAGCCCAGGUCACGGUUUUGACAGGUCAGUAUUCCAUUUGGGUCAAAUGGGCUCCCCCGCUGGAAAGGAGUCAGCUCAUCAGCAUUGCUGCAUCAGGGGGGAUGCUGGGAUCCUUCCUGGUAUUCAUCGUGGGCGGUCUCAUUUGCCAGACCAUUGGAUGGCCUUAUGUCUUCUACAUCUUUGGUGGAAUUGGCUGUGCCUGUUGUCUUCUGUGGUUUCCUCUUGCUUACAAUGACCCUGAGAGGCACCCCUUUAUCAGUGCUGAUGAGAAGAGACACAUCGCAGCAUCACUGGCUCAGCAGGAUCGCUUGCCAGACUGGUCUCUUCCCAUUAAAGCUAUGAUCACGUCUCUGCCACUGUGGGCCAUAUUACUGUUUCAUUUCUGUGAAUACUGGACCUUGCAAAUAGUGAUGACAUACAUGCCAACAUACAUCAGUUCUAUGCUUCAAACCAACGUCAGAGAUAGUGGGAUCCUGUCGGCACUGCCGUUUGUUGCUGGCUGGAUCUGCAUCAUCCUGGGAGGUCUCUUGGCAGAUUUUCUCCUCUCCAGAAAAAUCCUCAGACUCAUCACCAUCAGGAAGCUCUUCACUGCUAUAGGGGUCCUCGGCUCAUCGGCCGUCCUUGUGUCUCUGCACUGGGUCAGAUCCAGCCAAGGAGCCACCAUGGUCUUCUUGGUCCUGUCUGCUGUCUUCAGCAGCUUCAGCCAAUCAGGAGCCCUAGUGAACUUCGUGGACAUCGCUCCUCGGUACACCAGCUUCCUCAAGGGGCUGUUUCAAAUGUGUGUGAACAUAGCUGGAGCCAUCUCUCCCAGCGUCUCUGGAGUCUUGCUCAGUCAGGAUCCAGAACUGGGUUGGAGAAAUGUUUUCUUCAUUACAGCUGCCAUUAACAUAACCGGCCUGAUCAUCUACCUUAUCUUUGGCCAAGCACACGAGCAGGACUGGGCUAAAGAAGAGACACUCACUCACUUCUGA